AUGACGACGGCAGCUUUCGUUGCACGGCUCUUGCGCAAUCCGGCUGAGGCGGAGGUCGACAGAUUUCUCCAAACUCGCAGCGGUAAGCAGAUGGUUCAGUUGUUCCGUCUGAUACCAGAGCCUGCGGCACAGGCUGCGCUCACAGCCAGGCUGCUGCUACUUGCACCCCCAGUUAUGAGCGGUCAUCGUCGUUUCGUUGCCCCAGAGAAAGCCAAGAAAGCUCUCAAUGCCUUCGUCGGAUUCCGAUGCUACUACAUUAUGAUCCCUGAUCUAAAGACCUGGCCCAUGAAGAAGCUCUCCAACAUCAUCGGACUCCUGUGGGAGGCCGAUCCAAAUAAGUCACUCUGGUCAUUGAUGGCGAAAGCCUGGUCUGCCAUUCGCGACCAAAUUGGCAAAGACAAAGCUCCGUUGGACCAGUUCUUCACGAUCAUUUGCACUUACCUCAACAUACCUACGCCAGAGUCGUACCUCGCGAUUCUUGGAUGGUCCGUCUCAGUCAACGAAGAGGGUGAUCCCACGAUCUCCCGCAAUGACUGUUCCAGAUCUGCAUCCGUCAGCGCUGGACUCGCGGACAUUGCGCUCUCUGUUGAAGACAUCAUUGCCUAUGUCCAGUCAAUGGGAUACGCAUCUACCUAUGUCGCUAACGCCAACACUACAUCCCCAACUUUCCUCGGACACUCGGUCAACCCCUCCACGGAGAAGAGCAGUCUCGCCAUGGCAGUGACACCAACCGUAGCGCCUGCAACUGACCGUCGCACAAUCGCACGCAACAAGCGCCGCGCGAAGCGAGAUAUGGCUAUGGCUACUGGCUUCAGGGUAGACCUUGAGAAAGACAUCCUCAACGCGCAUAGGGCUGACGCUGGCCGCAUUGGCGAGUACAUGCCUGACCGUUACCCAACUCCCGCCCCAAUUAACUACGACCCCAACUCGUUCUACGAUCAGCUUGUUGGUCACUUCGACAGCCCGAUCCCCAACUUUCAGCACGACGCAGGUCUUUUUCUUGACGCAGCUCUGAUCGACGCUACAUCUGUCUCGGCUAUCGUUCCUCAUAGUGAGAUGGAUGACAUCGCAUUCAACGCGGCCUUCUUCCAGACCGACUUCGAUGCUUUCCGCCUAGGCGCCAACGAGAAUGCAACCCUUCCCACAUUCGACGAUGUUCCCAACACUUGA